AUGGAGGGUUCCGACCAUCGGUCGAUUUGCCGCCUAGGCCCGUCUGACGCACAAAGUUCUCCAUCGCCAAAAACGCCCCCACUGGGUUCUUCUGCGUCUUUUGCAAGCAGCCGGUUGAACUUCCUCCCUGCGGUCGAUCGACGCUCCUUGCGGUCCGAUAUCAAUGACCUCUUCGAUUGCGCUGAGGCCCGCCAGGAUAUCCAAAACGAUUAUGGCGCAAUGCAUGAUCAGUUAAGGGCUCAAGAACUUCGUGGUGAUCGUUUGAAACGGCAGCUGCAUGAUGUUUGCGAAUUCUUAGGACCGAUCAGACAAUACUUCAACCAACGUUAUCACGAUAUGCGUGACAAGUUGGAAGACCCCGAGCGUAAGGUUGCGGAAUUCCAAGACGAGUUGGCUGACCGAGAACACGCCUGGAGGAAAUCGAUCUUGAAAACAGCUCUCUUGAAGCUUAAAACGGCCAGACAUGCUGAGCAAGUGAAAAAUCGGUGUCAACUGGCUGUAUUGCAAGACUAUUUAGAUUUAGUGAUCGAGUCUUCCCAGAACGCCAAUGCUCAAGCGAAAAUCCAGAUCGAAGACGCACAAGAUCACUUUUUCGCCCGCUUGUACGCGAUCAUGCAAGAGUUAGCUAUGGCCCAGCGAGACAUGGGUGAGAUCAAGGUUUAA